AUGUACCGACCAGAGCACUCGCCGGAGAAGAGAUCUUCGUCGUUCUUGCGGUUGCACACCGUUGGGGACGAACGGGUGCUUUCCGAGACGAAUUUUGCAACCACGCGAGAACGUGAACAACAACGCUUUAAUUCUUCUUUCGAAACUCGCGAUGAAGGAAAAGAAAAAGAAGAACGCGCAGAGAGCGCGACGAGGAGAGCAGAAGCGUCUUCUUCGAACGCUAUUCUCGAGCGAUUCUUGAAGAAACUGGAGAGAGAUUUACAACGAGAGGAAAAGAAGAACGGUGUAUCAGGUGCCCAGUUCUUCGGUACGGAGCAACACCCUCAAAAUCGUCUUCAAAAUCAGAAAGAGACAACGGACGACGCGUUCCAUUUGUUGCGAAAAACUUUGGAGGAAUCCAAAUCGUCUCUCGAGAACGAGAGAAUAGCGUACGCGUCAAAUGUGUUGGAACUGGAAAGGGCGAAACGAGACGUAAUUUCCCGGACGAAGGAAGCGAUGGAGGAGGCGAAACGAACGAGAGAGAUGGAAGAUCGAGAAAACAAGACGAAAGAGAGAGGGAUGCGCGAGGAAAUAGAUCGGUUGAAACGAACGGUGAGAGAUUUUGAGAGGAAGAAAGAAAACGAAAUAGAGGUAGUGGAGAGGCGAUGCGUGGACGCGGUGAACCGAGCGAAAGAGAAAGAGCUGAAGAUUGAAGAAGCGUGCAAGGAGAAGAUGCGACGGAUGAGCGAGGAGAAAAUCAGGGACUUGGAAACGAUGCAGAUGAAACAUAACAUGGAAAUGGAACACGUGCGAUCGAAGCUUGGCGAAAAGAGCGAGGAUGAAUCGGAGAUUAGGAAAAAAAUGCGAGAGAUGGAAAGCGAAUUGGAGAAAGCGAGACGAGACGCGAGAAGAGCGAAAGAGGAGAAGGAAAGGUUGAGAGAACAAGCCGGAGUGGCGAGAAAAAAAUUAGAAGAGUUGAUGGAAACGAUGAAAACGAGAGAUACAUCCCGAGAUGCAGAAAUUGAGCUGAUUCGAGAGGAAAGCGGAAGACGCGAAGAAGAGUUUAUGGAAACGGUGAAAAUGAACGAAUUGAAACGAGAUCGAGAAGUUGCGGAACUUUUGGAGCGAAGCGAAAGAGAUGCAAAGAUGAUCGCUCGGUUGGAAAAACGGGCACAAACUGCGGAGACGGCGUCUAUUGCGGUGAAAUUUUUGUGCGAAGAAGCGCAGAAAUCCAUAGAAGAUAGCGAAAUUGCUGCGGCGUACGCCGAGAGAAGAGCCGCGCGGCUCGCGAGUGGAUUCGGCUCCUCCUCUUCCUCCUCGGACGUAUCAUCCUCAGAUGAUGACGAUGAUGAUAAUGAAUACAACAAUAAAGAGGAGAAGGAGAAAAGUAAAGUGAAGUUUAGAAAGCGAGCCGAUGCGGCCAAUCUUCGAUUGGAGCGCUCGUUGCGAGAUGCGAGAGCGACGUUGCGCGAGUGCAUCGAACGCAAGAAAACCAUGCUGUUAGAAACCGAGUACGACGAUGUCAACGACGAAAACGAUGCAGCGUCAUACGAGGAAAAAAGGCGGGAAGUAUUUGCAUUCAACGUUGUGAAGGACGUCGCUGACAUUCGCGUUUCUUUUCUCACGCGCGCGAUUGCGAGCGUGCGAUUGUCGCGCCGAUGCGGCGCGCUCGAAGGUUUGAUCGCUGGUCGAGCCGAUCGAACCGUCGACGAGGACGAAGAAGAAUAUGGAAAAAAUAUUCGCAAAGAUGAUGACGAAGAUAACUAUCGCUCCAUGAACAAUACCAUAAACACGAUUGAGGAGGAGGAGGAUGAAGAUGAUGACGAUGACGAUUUAGAUUACGUCAGCUGGUAG